UCAGCUGAUCUCAGUGUAAACAGUGCACGGAGGCUGUGUCAUGUGCUGGGGGGAGAGACAGGGGCAGUGAUAGUUUUCGGCUGUCGGUCAGCUGGACGAUAAAUGGGAAACGUAUGAAGUGACGAGCGACAGCUUGAUGUGUUCCGCUGUGUUUGCGCUGCAGUGAGACAGCAGGAAGGGCUUAAAACAUCACAUGCAGCUUCACAGAGGGCCUGUGUGAGCAGCUCUGCCUGAAAACACUGGAUUUUACCUCCACGGGACUGCAGUAGUUUAAGUAGGGUCAAUGGAGGAGCUGGAGCCAGAGGAGCAGUUCCUACGAUAUGCCCGGAAUGGAGAUCUGCCCGGGGUUCAAAGGCUCCUCCUGUCCAAGAUAAGGGAAGAGAUACAGCUCAAUAUCAAUUGCAAAGGAAAAAGUAAAUCUAACCUGGGAUGGACACCGCUUCACUUGGCCUGCUAUUUUGGACACAAAGAUGUAGUUGAGGAGUUGCUCAAGGCAGGGGCAGAUGUUAACUUGCCCAAUAAUAUUGGAGAUACGCCACUGCACAAAGCUGCUUUCACAGGAAGAAAGGAGGUUGUCAUGCUGCUGCUGCACUAUGGUGCGUGUGCUACUGUCAUCAAUGGGACAGCACAGAUUCCCAAAGACGUGACACAAAAUGCAGAGAUCAGAAGCAUGCUGGAAGCGGCUGAGAGAACGGAGGAGAGAAAGCUGGAGGAGAAACUUUUGGAUGCUGCACGGGAAGGAGACCUUUCAACGCUAACUCAGUUGCUCUGCAGGAAGAAGCCUCCAGACAUCAACUGCACAGAUCUGCUAGGUAACACUCCGUUGCACUGUGCAGCCUAUCGAGGCCAGAGGCAGUGUGCCCUGAAGCUGCUCAAGGGUGGAGCCAACCCCAACUUCCAAAACAAGAAUGGCCAAACAGUAUUUGAUCUGGCCAGUGAUACAGCAAUGAAGCAGAUUCUUGAGGGCAACUUUCAUCGAGGUAUGACCCGACAUGUCAAGAAGUAUGAAGGACCUCUCUGGAAGAGCUCCAGAUUUUUUGGAUGGCGCUCUUACUGGGUCGUCCUUCAAGAUGGUGUUAUAUCCUGGUACUCAAAACAGUCAGAAGCAGCUGCCGGUGAAAGAAGGCAAGGCUGUAAGUCCCUCACAAACGCUCACUGUUUGAUAAGAGCCAAAGAUAACUGCUUUUUCACUCUCAAGUGCUUUGAUGACAGUGUGCACCACUUUAAAGUAUCACCUAAAAAUGACCCAGAGGGAACAAGAAAAGCAUGGGUUGAUGCAUUGGAGGAGCACGCAGCUUACAGCACAUACUACUGCUCCCAGGAGCAAGGGAGCGAAGAGGAGGAAUACGAAGAAGUGAUGUCACUUGGAGAGCUAACAAGCUCACUACAGGUUGCAGAUGUCAGCCAGAAAAAUCUGGAGCAGCAGGUCGCAGCGCUCCUGUCCAUGCUGAAGAAUGAAGAGCUGUCAGAAAAAUUUCCAUCAACAAUACUGCAAAAGAUGCAAGAAAUAUGUGAAUUAUCCAGCGAAACCACUUCCAAUCUCAACAUCUGUCUCAGCCUCUUCUCCAGACAGGAAGGGGUGCGCAGUCUGAAAUUGGAGCAGGAGGUGGAGAAGAAUAAGAUCCUCUCUGAGGCACUGCAGACUCUCGCCACAGAGCACCACGAACUUGAGCAAUCCGUCGUCAAGGGAUCUUCACCACGGAGUGCCCUCAGCGAGGAUGAGUUCCACGACGCCGUUUCUGACUCAGAAUCUGAGCUUUCCCUGAGCGGCUUUGAGACGGUAGCCAGCCAAUCCUGUGAGGAAGACGAAGACGAAGGCUCUGUCAUGUUAAGCAGCACUUGCAGCAGCCCCGCCAGCACGCUGGAGCAGGAUCACCAUGGUGACAAGGCUGAGACUCAACCCAAUGGGAUAACAAAGCAUAGGACAAGCUUACCGGCGCCAAUGUUUUCGAGAAAUGACUUCAGCAUUUGGAGUAUCCUGAGGAACUGCAUUGGAAUGGAGCUCUCCAAGAUUACAAUGCCAGUGAUUUUCAACGAGCCGCUUAGCUUCCUGCAGCGUCUCACAGAGUACAUGGAGCACACGUACCUCAUUCACCAGGCCAACGCAUCUUCAGAUUCUAUUGAGAGAAUGAAGUGUGUGGCUGCGUUUGCAGUGUCUGCUGUGGCCUCCCAGUGGGAGCGAACAGGUAAACCAUUCAACCCUCUACUGGGAGAAACCUAUGAACUAGUCAGGGAGGAUCUGGGCUUCAGGCUCAUCUCAGAGCAGGUGAGCCACCACCCUCCGGUCAGCGCCUUCCACGCUGAGGGCUUGAAGCAGGACUUUGUUUUUCAUGGCUCUAUUUAUCCCAAACUCAAAUUCUGGGGCAAGAGUGUGGAAGCUGAGCCGAAAGGCACAAUCACACUGGAGCUGCCCAAGCACAAUGAAGCCUACACAUGGACAAAUCCCACAUGUUGUGUUCACAAUAUCAUUGUUGGUCAGCUGUGGAUUGAACAGUAUGGAAAUGUGGAGGUGGUCAACCACAGAACUGGUGAAAGGUGCUACUUGAAUUUCAAACCAUGUGGCCUUUUUGGAAAAGAGCUACACAAAGUUGAAGGAUAUAUUCUGGAUAAAAGCAAAAAGAAGCUGUGUGCUCUCUAUGGGAAGUGGACAGAGUGCCUCUAUGUUGUUGACCCAUCUGCCUUUGAAGCACACAAGAAAAACAACAAAAAAGGGGCAGAGGAUAAGAAGGGCGGGAAUGCGGGUUGCGCUGAGGAUCAGGAGGAGGUUCCUUCACCACCUGCAGACACUGUGGAGGUGGUUCCUGGCAGCCAGCUGCUGUGGAAAAUAGCACCCAGACCAGCUAACUCUGUCCAGAUGUACAACUUCACAUGCUUUGCGAUGCAGCUGAAUGAGUUGCAUAAGGAGAUGGAGGGAGUCAUCCCUCAGACUGACUGCAGGCUCAGACCGGACAUACGAGCCAUGGAGAACGGUGACAUUGACCUCGCCAGCGAGGAGAAGAAGCGGCUCGAGGAAAAACAGCGAGCUGCUCGGAAAAACCGCUCCAAAGCGGAUGAAGAGUGGAAGACGAGAAGCCCUGCCCUUGGCCCGAGGUGGUUUCAACAGGGGCAAAAUCCCCACACCAAUUCCCAGGACUGGCUCUUCUGUGGUGGAUACUGGAACAGGGCCUAUAGCCAGCUGCCGGACAUUUAUUAAAGGACUUUCUCUGCACAAAGCAUGAACUGUUUUUAUUGGAAAAUUACAAGACCAAGCAAUAUUAAAAAAGUGUACUUAAACAUUGUGGCCUUAAUCUACUUUAUGGAGGUGAAGCUGUGCAGAAAAUGUUUGACAGUAUAGCAUUUGCAUUGAGUUAAAGACCAGAGUUUUUUCUUUAAAAUGGACUUUUAGCACAGUGGAUAGGAUUUGUGAUUUUUACUGUCCACCUGUCUUCUUUUCAAAUGUUCAUAAUAGUGUUUUGUCUCCAGUUGUAUAUCUGUAUAUACUUUCCAUAAAUCCAGCCGUCAGUGACCUCAUCAUGUUAUUUACAUUCGCUCUGGACUCGCAUUGCACUCAAAAACCCACUACUCGUCUAAUGUGGAUUGUGAUUAUUUUCUCCUGUAUUUUGCUUUGUGAAGGAAAAAAGAUUACAGAACAAAACCCACUGUAAAUUUUCUGUAUUAGUUUCAACCUUAUAAAGAUACCUUAAGAACUGACUAAUAU